GUUGUAGUGACAAUAUGGUACAGGGCACCAGAAUUAUUACUAGGUGCAAAACACUAUAUGGUGGCAAUAGAUAUUUGGGCAGUUGGAUGUAUAUUUGCUGAAUUAUUGACUCUGAGACCCAUUUUCAAAGGAGAAGAAGCAAAGAUGGAUAAUAAAAAGCAAGUUCCAUUUCAGAAGAGCCAGUUAACAAAAAUUUUUGAAGUAUUAGGAAAACCGACAAAAGAACAGUGGUCCACCAUUGAUUUUCAGCCCGAUUAUUCGAAUUUAAACUCUUUUAAUGCGAAACAAUAUCCCAAUAGGCUUCGGGAAUUUUACCAAAAUUAUUGCUCAUCAAAGUCCGAUUUGGGUUAUGGACUUUUGUCACAAAUGUUAGAGUAUGAUCCACUUAAACGUAUCACCGCAAAAGAUGCUUUGAAACAUCCUUAUUUUGAAGAAGAUCCGAAGCCUUCUUUUGAGUAA